UUGGGGUCCCCCCCAGGCAGCCCCCGUUACCCCGCUCACGUUUACGGCCGCGACCGUCGCUUCUGGAGGCAGCACCUCCACGUUGGCUUCCACCUCCUGGCCCGAACGGCUGCCGAGGAGAUCCUGGCCCUGCGCUGACGUCCCCGUGGUCACCAGGACGUCCCCAAGGGCACCAGGACGUCCCCAAGGUCACCAGGGUGUCCCCAUGGACCUCAAAAUGUCCCCAUGGACCUCAAGAUGUCCCCAAGGUCCUCAGGGUGUCCCCAAGGUCCUCAGGGUGUCCCCAUGGACCUCAAGAUGUCCCCUGUGGUCCUCAAGAUGUCCCCAUGGACCUCAAGUUGUCCCCUGUGGUCCUCAAGAUGUCCCCAUGGUCAUCAGGAUGUCCCCAAGGUCAUCAGGGUGUCCCCAUGGACCUCAAAAUGUCCCCAUGGACCUCAAGAUGUCCCCUGUGGUCCUCAAGAUGUCCCCGUGGUCAUCAGGACGUCUCUGUGGUCUUCAAGGGGUUCUCAUCAUCUCCAGGAUGUCCCCAAGGCCACCAGGACGUCCCCAUGGUCCCCAAGAUGGCCCCAAGGCCACCAGGAUGUCCCCAUGAUGGCCCCAUGGCCUUCGAGAUGUCCACCAGGAUGUCCCCGAGGUCACCAGGACAUCCCCACGAUGUUCCCAAGGCCACCAGGACGUCCCCGUGGUCCCCAAGAUGGCCCCAAGAUCUUCAAGAUGUCCCCACGCUCACCAGGACGUCCCCAUGGUCCCCAAGAUGACCCCAAGUUCUUCAGGAUGACCCCAAGAUGGUCCCGAGGUCCCCAAGAUGUCCCCAAGGCCACUAAGAUGUCCCCAAGGUCCCCAAGAUGUCCCUGUGGCCUUCAACAUGUCCCCAAUCAUCCCCAAGAUGUCCCCAAGGCCACCAGGACGUCCCCACGGUCCCCAAGAUGGCCCCAAGUUCUUCAGGAUGACCCCAAGAUGGUCCCAAGGUCCCCAAGAUGUCCCCAAGGCCACCAAGAUGUCCCCAAGGCCACCAGGACGUCCCCAUGGCCCCCAAGAUGGCACCAAGUUCUUCAGGAUGACCCCAAGAUGUCCCCAAGGCCACCAGGAUGUUCCCAUGGUCCCCAAGAUGGCCCCAAGUUCUUCAGGAUGUCCCCAUGAUGUCCCCAAGGUCCCCAAGAUGUCCCCAAGGUCACCAGGACGUCCCCAUGGUCCCCAAGAUGACCCCAAGUUCUUCAGGAUGACCCCAAGAUGGUCCCGAGGUCCCCAAGAUGUCCCCAAGGCCACCAAGAUGUCCCCAAGGCCACCAGGACGUCCCCAAGUUCUUCAGGAUGACCCCAAGAUGUCCCCAAGGCCACCAGGAUGUCCCCACUGGUCCCCAAGAUGUCCCCAAGGUCUUCGGGACAUCCCCAAGAUUUUGAGUUGUUUAAUUAAUUGCGUUUUUAUUAACGGUGCAAUUAAUAAAUUGCAACUAUUUAUUUA